AAUGUGCAUGUUUAACUAUUCCGUUUUCGUUAUGAAGGUACACUUUUCGUAAUAACUUUUACAAAAUGGAGGAGGAAUACGGCGAGUGGGAAGAGGAGACGCUGGUUGUGGCCGAGCUGUCGGGUCUGAUCGACAGCGAAACCCUGAAGAAAGACAAUCUCAAAUGUGAAGUAUUGGGUAUAGAUACUGAUAGGCCUGUUCUUCAAAUUGAAAACUAUGUCUUUUCUGGGGAAUAUGAAGAUUCAGUUGGAACAGCCAUGAUAUUUCAAGGAAUAUCUGCCGAUUCAUCAGUGCCUGAUUCGGAUUUGAAGGACCUGGAGUACAUGUGCUCCACUCGCAAGAAGCUGGGGAUGAAGAGGGCAUUCCUCCAGAGCAAGAACAUUGCAGAGACACACACACAAAACAUUCAGGAUGAAGAUGAACAUGACACAGAUGGGGCAGAGGAAGAUGCAGAGGACAUGGAACCUGACACAGAUCCUGCUGAAAGUACAGACACCCCUGUUGCCUCAACGUCUGGUGUCCAGAUAACUCAAACAUCAACUGGCUCCUGACACAAAGACACUUGCUGCCAUAGUUUCUGGCUUUCACGUAUCUCAGUCGUAGUCUUCAUCCCAUUCUCCAUCUCCAUCUUGUUCCUGGCACAAAGACACUUGCUGCAUCAACAUCUGAGGUUGGAAUUACUUGUUUCAUAGAUGAACCAUGACAAGACAAUAACAUCACAAGCAGCAGUAAGACCUGGACAAAGCUGGAAGCUUUGAUUUUUUCCAUCAUUUCUGGAACCAGCUGCAAUAUAUUUUUUGUAAUUGUACCUCACUGAGAACAGUGGGACAGGUUUGACUGUGUCUAUUUUGGACAUAAGUGUAUGAUGCAGUAGGGUGACUUUUGGGGUCUUGUCAAGACUUCAGUGAAGCUGAAAAGGUUCCAUAUCGACUUACGCUUUUACAGCUACACAAGUAUUCUGGUCAGGACCACUUAGGCACAAUUGUUGUCUUAUGCCAACUGUAACCCAAAGGAAAUAUGAGCUAUCCAUUCAUUAUUAAUUUAUGUAUUUAAUUGUCAUGAACAAUUUUUGCAUUCAUGAAAGGACACUGAUGUGGCAAACAAACGUUUGUACAGUUGAUGCACAUCAUGAGGAUGUGUGGUUAUCUGUGUUAUUGGUCAUGUACUCAGAGUGACAUCUGAAAAUAAAAAGUACCAUGAAAAGUG